AUGUGGAUGGAUGUUUAUAUGUACAUCCGUGUCAUAGAGAGGCAGCAGGCAUUUGUGGGUCAAGCAGCUUUGGCGGUUACCUUGUCCAAGGGAAAAAAGAAGACCCCCUUUUCCCCUCCAGUUGAUCGCAAUUUUGACAAUUGGCUAGAAGGUUUCACCGUUUUUAGGGCUGUGGUUUCCAUGGCCUUCCCUGUACAGGCUUGGCAGCUCGACAGCCAUUUGCUGCAUGUCCUUAAGGCCAGAGAGUUCGCCGGCAAGGCAGCAGCCAUCGCUUACGAUAUGGUGUUCUGCCAGCAUGCUUCCCAGAAUUCUAGAGAGCAAUGGGAUCACCUUCAUUCCGAAAUCUGGCUAUUGGAAGUUGGAACGCAGGUUGUGCCGCCUGCAUCUUCCACUUGCUCUGCGCCUUCUGAUAGUCCAGACCUUAUUUGCCGAGAUUUCAAUGUUGGUGUUGAGGAAGAGAAGAAAGUACAAGCCCAAUUUGAACAGAAGUCCCAGUAUGAAGAUCAACAAUCCCAGUAUGAAGACCAACAGUCCCAGUAUGAAGACCAACAAUCCCAGUAUGAGGAUCAGCAAUCCCAGUAUGAAGACCAGCAAUCCCAGCGAUCUGAUUAUGAUUACCUUUUGUCUGUGCAGCCGACACAGGACUCUCCUCAAAGCAAAGUGACCAUCAUCCCUCCAAUGAAAACAACACUAGCUGUCAAGGCUAAAAACCCUGCUCACAACGGGAGAGUGUGUAGCACAUGGGGCAACUUCCAUUUCAAGACCUUUGAUGGAGAUAUCUACAGGUUCCCUGGGCUCUGCAAUUAUGUCUUUGCAUCACAUUGCAAAUCCUCCUAUGAAGACUUCAACAUCCAAAUAAGGCGCAAUGCGGCUCAUAAUGUUACCAUCAUUGGCCACAUAAGCAUAAAGCUUGAUGGAAUGGACAUUGAACUGACCGCAAACACUAUUAUUGUUGGUGGAGAACCGGUCCAGCUGCCUUACAGUCAUUCAGGAGUCCUGAUGGAGAGAAUCUCAGGUUAUGUGAAAAUUGCUUCCAAGUUAGGCAUUGUUGUUAUAUGGAACCAAGAAGAUGGCCUUCUGUUGGAACUGGAUGAAAAAUAUAUUAAUCAGACUUGCGGUCUUUGUGGGGACUUCAAUGGAAUUUCAACAUACAAUGAGUUCAUUUCAAAUGGUGUCAAACUGAAUCCUGUGCAGUUUGGAAACUUGCAAAAGAUGGAUGGACCCACAGAACAAUGUCAGGAUCCUCUUCCUUCAACUACAAGCAACUGCAGCCGUCAAUUUAAUGCUAUCUGUGAAACCAUUUUGACUGGUGAAGCAUUCCUGGGAUGUAAUGCAUUAGUGGAAAUGAAAGAUUAUGCUGAUGCUUGCAUACAAGACUUGUGCAACUGUGAGGAAUCUGCAACUGAUGUCUGUAUUUGUGACACCUUUGCUGAAUACUCCAGACAAUGUGCUCAUGCUGGUGGACAGCCCCUUGAAUGGAGAACUGAAGAUUUGUGUGCCAAGUCCUGUCCUUUCAAUAUGGAGCACAAAGAAUGUGGAUCCCCCUGUUCUGAUUCCUGUACAAAUCCUGAACGGUCCCAGCUCUGUGAAGAUCACUGUACAGAUGGCUGCUUUUGUCCCUCAGGUACUGUGUAUGAUGACAUUAACAACUCCGGUUGCAUUCCUCUUGAGGACUGUCACUGUACUUACAAUGGGGAUACCUAUGCUCCUGGGGCUUCCUUUGCAUCCCAGUGCACUUCAUGCCAAUGUACUGGAGGCCAGUGGGCCUGUGUCAGCCAUUCCUGCCCUGGCAUGUGCUCCAUUGAAGGAGGUUCCCACAUCUCAACAUUUGAUGAGAAGCGUUAUUCCUUCUUUGGUGACUGUAGUUAUGUUCUUACUAAGCUCUGUGACAGCAACCUCUUCACUGUUCUUGGAGAAAUUCGAAAGUGUGGCUUGACAGACACUGAGACAUGCAUGAAAGGCAUAGCCAUCAGCAUUGGUGGUGGAGAGACAAUAAUUGUCAUCAAGUCUACUGGGGUUGUGUAUGUGAAUAUGAUCCUGACCCAGCUGCCCUUCUCAGCAUCCAAUGUCACCAUCUUCAGGCCUUCAUCAUUCUUCAUCAUCGUAAACACACAUUGGGGGCUCCAGUUAGAAAUCCAGCUUGUACCUAUCAUGCAGCUCUUCAUACGCUUGGACCCUGUUCACAAAGAGAAGACAUGUGGUCUCUGUGGAAACUUCAACAGUGCUCAGGCAGAUGACUUCAAAGCCAUCAGUGGAGUUGUAGAAGGAACCUCAGCUGCUUUUGCCAAUACCUGGAAAACACAGGCUGAUUGCCCCAGUGUCAAGAACAUAUUUGAAAACCCAUGCACUCUCAGCAUAGAAAAUGAAAAAUAUGCUUCACACUGGUGUGGACUGCUGACAGACAGCACAGGGCCAUUCCAGGAAUGCCACUCUGUAGUUGAUUCAGCUAUUUACCACACGAACUGUAUGUUUGACACCUGUAACUGUGAAAGGAGUGAGGACUGCAUGUGUGCUGCUCUGUCUUCCUAUGUCCGAGCCUGUGCUGCUAAGGGGGUCAAGAUAAGUGGAUGGAGAACCAGCAUCUGCACCAAAUACCAAAUAUGUCCCAAAACCAUGGCUUACCGUUAUGUAAUUGAUUCCUGCCAACCCACCUGUCGCUCUCUGAGUGAGCCUGAUGUCACCUGUAACAUUCAGUUUACUGCUGUGGAUGGAUGCACUUGUGAAGAAGGGACAUUCAUGGAUGAAAGUGGCAAAUGUGUACCUCCCACCAGUUGCCCAUGUUAUUACAAGGGGUCCCCUGUACCAUCUGGAGAAGUUGUUCGUGAAAAUGGCAUCAUGUGCACUUGCACAAAAGGAAAGCUUCAGUGCAUUGGAGAAGUGAUUCCCCAGCCAGUAUGUGAUUCCCCCAUGAUCUACUUUGACUGUGACAAUGCCACAGUAGGUGUCACUGGAGCUGAGUGUCAGAAAAGCUGCCAGACCCUUGACAUGGGAUGUUAUAGCACCCAGUGUGUGUCUGGUUGCGUAUGUCCUAAUGAACUGAUAUAUGAUGGCAAAGGUGGAUGUGUGGCUGCUGAGGAAUGUCCUUGCAUUCACAAUGAAGCCACAUACAACCCAGGGGAAACCAUCAAAGUGAAAUGUAAUACUUGUACUUGUAAGAACAGAAAAUGGGAAUGUUCCAAUGAACCUUGCCUAGAAACCUGCUCAGUCUACGGUGAUGGUCAUUAUGUCACCUUUGAUGGCAAACGCUACAGCUUCAGUGGAGACUGUGAAUAUACUCUGGUCCAGGAUCAUUGUGGCAAAAACAGUACAAAGACAGGUACUUUCCGAGUUAUUACAGAGAACAUCCCCUGUGGUACCACUGGGACUACCUGCUCAAAAGCCAUUAAAGUAUUCCUGGGGAAUUAUGAGCUAAUACUGACUGAUGGGAAAUUUGAAGUGAUACAGAGACAGCCUGGUGAUAGUGAAGUGCCAUACAAGAUCAGAUACAUGGGCAUCUACAUGGUGAUUGACACCACAGCUGGACUUGUCUUGCUAUGGGAUAAGAAAACCAGUAUCUUCAUCAAACUUAAUGCAGAAUUUAAGGGUCAGAUAUGUGGUCUCUGUGGAAACUUUGAUGGCAAUGAUGCCAAUGAUUUCACCCAGGAGCCAGUCAUGGUGGGAGAUGUUGUGGAGUUUGGUAACAGCUGGAAGGUGUCUCCCACUUCCAGGAACACCACACGACCAGGGACCCCUGUAGAUCAACAACCCAUAUCGUAUGUCAGGGCCCAGAAGCAAUGCAGCAUCAUUAACAGCACAUUUGCUCACUGCCACUCUCAGGUUGAACCUGCUCAUAUUAUGACGCCUGGUUCUGAUGCCUGCGCUUGUGACACAGGAGGAGACUGUGAAUGUUUUGUCAGCUGUAGCAGCUAUGCCCAGGCAUGCAAUGAGGCUGGUGUCGCUGUUUCUUGGAGACCUCCAUCCAUGUGCCCUCUGUUCUGUGAUUACUACAAUCCAAAAGGGGAGUGUGAGUGGCACUACCAACCCUGUGGCUCUUCUUGUCUGAAGACUUGCAGAAAUCCAGAAGGAAAAUGCAUGCAUGAGUUAAAGGGCUUGGAAGUACCCGUGAUUAUGAAUCUCAACAUUGAUUUACCAGGGUGCUAUCCAAAGUCUCCAGACCAUACGCCUAUUUUGAUGAAGAUGACAGGAUUGUGUCCCUCGGCAUCAGUGUGCGCUUUUGAGACAAAGGAAACCAUUAAACAGGAGAAAAAUGCCCUUCAGACAAAAACUUCCAUCAUGACUUCCCCACCUACGCCUGAAGGAGGAGAUAUGAGACUUCACAACAUCGGGGCGGCAGGAGCAAAAUCUGUGGCAAGCCAGUGCAUAUUCAGUGCCGUGCUGAAAAUCACCCUGCUGAGCCUUGACCGGGUGUCAGGUUGUGGAAUGUCAACUUUGGACUGGUGUGCAAGAAUGAGAUCAAACAGGGAAACAAAGCACUGUUUAAAUUAUGAGCUACGGAAAAACCCAGGUGUCCAACCGCACCAGUCCCACCCCACCACCAGUAAACCAGUUCCAACACCCACCACAACAGUCACUCCAACAACACCUAUCCCCACCGCUGACCACCAACAACAGGCUGAAACCACCACAACCUCUACUACCACAGAAACCACACCAACUACAACUAGUAAAGCCACCCCAGCUAGAACCCCAAGAGUGCGCACAACAUUGCCAACUACUACAUCCUUGCCAUCAACUAGUACAACUCACAGGACAACCACAUCUCCAUCAACACCUUGUUCACCCAUCAAAUGCCAAUGGUCCCAGUGGUUUGAUACUGACUUCCCCACAUCUGGACCCAAAGGAGGAGACAUAGAAACAUACAAUAACAUCCGGGCUGCAGGAGGCAAAAUUUGUGGCAAGCCAGUGAAUAUUCAGUGCCGGGCUGAAAACCACCCUGACCUGAGCAUUGACCAAGUGGGUCAAGUUGUUGAGUGUAAUGUCAACUCUGGACUGGUAUGCAAAAAUGAGGAUCAAACUGGAAAAUUUAAGCAAUGUUUCAACUAUGAGAUGCGAGUAUUGUGCUGUGAAGAAAAUCCAGAUUGUCCAACCCCACCAGCCCCAACCACCACCAUCACCACCACUGCCACCACCAGUAAACCAGUUCCAACACCCACCACAACAGUUACUCCAACAACACCAAAGCCAGUCAUAACAACAAUAGCUGAAACCACUGCAACUACUACUACCAAAGAAACCACAACAGCCACAACUACUAAACCCACCACCCCCACAACUCCAAGGCUGCGCACAACUUUGCCAACUACUACAUCUUUGCCAUCAACUACUACAACCCAUGAGAUAACCACAUCUCCAUCAACAGCUUGUUCACCCAUCAAAUGCCAGUGGUCUCCGUGGUUUGAUAUUGACUUCCCCACCCCUGGCCCUGAAGGAGGAGACAUAGAAACAUACAACAAUAUCCGAGCUGCAGGAGGCAAAAUCUGUGGCAAGCCAGUGAAUAUUCAAUGUAGGGCUGAAAAUCACCCUGAUCUAAGUAUUGACCAAGUGGGUCAGGUUAUGGAGUGUGAUGUCAACUUUGGACUGGUGUGCAGGAAUAGAGAUCAAACAGGGAAAACAAAGCAGUGUUUAAAUUAUGAGUUACGGGUAUUGUGUUGUGAAGAAAACCCAGAGUGUCCAACCCCUCCGGUCCCAACCACCACCACCAUAUCAACUACCAUAAAACCUACCACUCCUGUUCCAACCACCAUCACAGUACUUAGUACUACUUCUAUAACUACAGAAGCACCAACUCCCAGCUCUUUGGGAAGCAGUACAACUCGUUGUUUAUGUCAAGUUGAAGAGAAAACGUAUCAUCCUGGUGACACUAUUUACAACAAAACAGAUAGCGAUGGCUGCUUUUUUUAUGCUGUUUGUAGCCAAAAAUGUUCUAUUGAAAGGUCUAAAGGACCAUGCCCAUCAACAACACCCAAGCCAACUCCAACUGUUGUGAUCACAACUCCUUCUACCACAACUCCUAGCACAACUCCCUCUACCACAACUCAACUAAUUGGCUGUCCUGAUGCUGUUCCACACAGGGAGGUAGGCGAGACAUGGACAUCAAACUGCACCAGAUUUACUUGUGAAGGAAACAACAAAAUUGCUAUAAGCCAUGUCAAAUGUCCAAAGGUACAGGAUAUUGUGUGUGAAAAUGGAUACCCCCCUGUGAAAGUCUUCAGUGACGAUGGCUGUUGCUACCAUUAUGAAUGUGAAUGUGUUUGCAGUGGCUGGGGUGAUCCUCACUACAUCACAUUUGAUGGAACCUACUACACCUUCCUGGACAACUGUACUUAUGUAUUGGUGCAGCAGAUUACACCUAAAUAUGACCACUUUAGAGUUCUUAUUGAUAAUUACUUCUGCGAUGCGGAAGAUGGACUUUCCUGUCCUCAGUCUAUCAUUAUUUACUACAAGUCUUCAAAAGUAGUAUUAACCCGCAAAGACUUUAAUGGUGUGGAAGCCAACAAGAUCUACUUCAAUGAUAAGACUGUCAGCGCAGGUUUCCAGAAAGAUGGCAUUUAUAUUUCCACAAUUGGGAUCAAUAUGGUGGUUGAGAUUCCUGAGAUUGAGGCUACCAUCACCUUCAGUGGAUUAAUUUUCUCCAUCAAGCUUCCAUACAGCAAAUUUGGCAACAAUACUGAAGGACAAUGUGGCACCUGCACAAAUGACAGGAAAGAUGAGUGUCGUUUACCAGAUGGCCAGAUAACUGGCUGUUCCCAAAUGGCUCCCCAUUGGAGAGUUCCUGAUGACAAGAAAGACUACUGCUUGGGGCCACAACCUACUGUUGUACCUACUGAGGCUCCCAUUGACUGUCCAGCCACACCUCUUUGCAAGAUGAUUUUGAGCGAAAUCUUCUCUGAAUGCCAUGACAUCAUACCGCCUGAACCCUUCUACAAAGGUUGUAUCUUUGAUUCUUGCCACAUGAAAAAUACCUCCAUGCAGUGUUCUGGAUUAGAGAUAUAUGCUUCUCUCUGUGCCUCAAGAGAUGUCUGUGUUGACUGGAGAGCAAAGACUCAGGGUGAAUGCCCAUUCACUUGUCCUGUAGGCAAAAUAUAUAACCCAUGUGGCCCUCUCAACCCUCCCACAUGUGAAAAGAGUGCUAUUUAUCAUAAUGGCAGUGGAAUAGCUGAAGGUUGCUUCUGCCCUGAAGGAACCAAGCUCUUCAGCAGCUAUAGAGAUAUCUGUGUUUCUGACUGUGGUUGUACGGGACCAGAUGGGCUGCCCAAGUCAGUAAGUAUCAAAACUGUUAUGCUUCAUGGACAUUUGAUGGGUGAUCUCUGCAUGUUGAAUGCUUCUUGA